AAUUUGUAGACCACUAGAACAGCGAGAAAAGAGAUCCAUCUGGAUAAGAGAGGGAGGAGUCUAGGAGAACGCCAAAGGGCAAGCUUUCUCCUCUCGAUUUCCUCGAUUUCUCUGGUUACAUCGAGCUCCGUGUCAUACUUCGAAGAAGUGAAAUGCAUCUGAGCUCUAUACCCAUGAGAAGUGGCUUCUUGAUCUCUCCGAGUUAUCCCGACUGCUUCCGUCUCGGCUUCCUUCCGAAUGGGAAGACACGAAGCGUCGGGGUCGUAUCGAGAAGGCGAAGAUCUCCUAGGGCAAGUCUCUCUUCCGAUCCACUUCUGAUCCAGGCCGCUAGAGAAAAUCCAGUAAGUCGGCCUCCAGCAUGGAUGAUGCGCCAAGCAGGAAGGUAUAUGGCUGUUUAUAGAAAGCUCGCCGAGAAAUAUCCAUCCUUUCGACAGAGGUCUGAGACAAUUGACCUCAUAGUAGAAAUUUCUUUGCAGCCAUGGCGAGCUUUUCGGCCUGAUGGAGUUAUUAUUUUUUCUGACAUACUUACACCUUUACCUGCAUUUGGCGUUCCUUUUGAUAUACAUGAAGUACGAGGCCCUAUUAUUCAAUCUCCCAUUUGUGAUGAGGAAGGGCUUAAAUGUUUGCACCCCAUUGACCUAGACAAACUUCAAUUUGUAGGGGAAUCUCUAAAGAUCUUGCAUGGAGAGGUUGGCAACAAAGCUGCAGUACUUGGUUUUGUAGGGGCACCAUGGACAAUUGCCACUUACAUUGUUGAAGGUGGCACGACACGUACAUAUACAACUAUAAAAAGGAUGUGCCAUACCGCACCACAUGUUCUGAAGGCUCUUCUUUUGCAUUUGACACAAGCAAUAUCCGACUAUAUCAUUUUUCAAGUGAAAUCAGGAGCUCAGUGCGUACAGAUUUUUGAUUCUUGGGGUGGACAGUUGCCGCCUAAUGUUUGGGAGCAAUGGUCAAAACCAUAUAUUAAACAGAUAGUGAGUUCAGUGAGAAAAGAGUGCCCUCAGACACCGCUUGUGUUGUACAUCAAUGGUAAUGGUGGUUUACUUGAGCGCAUGACAGAAACUGGAGUUGAUGUGAUUGGUCUAGAUUGGACAGUGGAUAUGGCAGAUGCAAGACGACGUCUCGGAAGUAGUGUUAAUGUGCAAGGAAAUGUCGACCCAGCUUAUCUCUUCUCUCCACAUUCAGUUUUGACUGAUGAAAUACAUAGGGUUGUGAAAUGUGCCGGUCGAAAGGGCCAUAUUCUUAAUCUGGGCCAUGGUGUUCUUGUGAAUACCCCAGAAGAGGCUGUUGCUCAUUUCUUUGAUGUUGUGAGAAGCUUGAGCUAUGAUACACUUUUUGAAGAUGACAUGGCCACCAAAGAAUUAGAGCCCCUAAGUACAUUGUAAAAUUUAUGAGCCAAACUAGCCUUCCAUUUUUCCCUAUUACUUGAGGGUGCUGUAAUUCGGUAAUCAGUGGGGAAUAUUAUCCAUGCUAAAUUCUGUCAAAAACUGUCAUGUGAGAAUAUUUUUCUUCUUAUCACUUUUAUGCAAAUUUAGUACUCUUUUCUGCAAA